UCACCUCACGCGCCUGUCUGAAUCCCCAAAUUUCCGACGGCACUGAAAGGCAGCUGAAGUUAGAAGUUUAGCGGCACGGCGUCUUGGACAUUCAAUCCAACGGAACAAACAAAGUCAAGACAAACAAAAUGACACGUCAAGGAAAUGUAACAGCAGUGAUUUUAGCUACAAUACCUCUCCUACUUUGCCUGUAUUCAGUCAGAGGUGACUAUUGCAAAGUAAAUUUAUGCCAUAAUGGAGCAACGUGUGUGACAGGAGUAGGAGACGAUCCGUUCAUCUGUAUCUGUGCUGAUGGCUUUGGAGGUGACACCUGCAACCUGACAGAAACAGGCCCCUGCAGUCCAAAUCCCUGUAGGAACGAUGGGUCGUGUGAGGUCUUCUCUCCGACCAGACGAGGUGAUGUUUUCAAUGAGUACAUCUGCAGGUGCCAGCCGGGCUUCGAGGGAGUGCACUGCCAGAUCAAUGUGAAUGAUUGUGCCGAUCAGCCCUGUAAGAAUGGAGGGAUGUGUCGAGACCUUGAUGGAGAUUACACCUGCCAGUGCCCCUCCCCAUAUGUGGGAAAGCAGUGCCAGCUACGUUGCAUCUCUCUGCUGGGGAUGGAGGGAGGAGCGAUCGUCGAGUCCCAGAUAACAUCCUCCUCUGUGCACUAUGGCAUCCUGGGUCUUCAGCGCUGGGGUCCAGAGUUGGCUCGACUCAACAACCAAGGCAUCGUUAACGCCUGGACGUCGGCUGCUCAUGACAGGAACCCCUGGAUCGAGAUCAACAUGCAGAAGAAGAUGCGUCUGACGGGCAUCAUCACUCAGGGUGCCAGUCGUAUGGGCACGGCCGAGUACAUCAAAGCCUUCAAGGUGGCGAGCAGCUUUGAUGGAAAAGUUUACACCACUUACAGGGUGGAUGGCCAGCGCAGAGACAAGGUUUUCGUGGGUAAUAUCGAUAAUGAAGGCACAAAGACGAACAUGUUUGAUCCUCCUAUCGUAGCCCAGUACAUCCGAAUCAUCCCUGUGGUUUGUCGCAGAGCCUGCACGCUGCGCAUGGAGCUGGUGGGCUGUGAACUCAACGUUUAUUCAAACACGGCAGGUUGCUCGGCUCCUCUGGGAAUGAAGUCUCGCCUCAUCUCAGACGGGCAGCUCACGGCCUCCAGCACCUACCGAACGUGGGGAAUCGAUGCCUUCACGUGGCACCCUCAGUUUGCUCGAUUGGAUAAGCAGGGAAAGACAAACGCCUGGUCUCCUGCUAACAACAACCACUCAGAGUGGAUACAGGUUGAUCUGGAGAAGACAAAGCGCCUCACAGGAAUCAUCACUCAGGGGGCCAAAGACUUUGGUGUGGUGCAGUUUGUGUCCGUGUUUAAAAUCGCCUACAGUAAUGAUGGUGAGACGUGGAGCAUGGUAAAGGAGGAGAACAGCAACAAAGAUAAGUUUUUCCAGGGCAACAUCGACAACAACACCCACAAGAAGAAUCUUUUUGAGCCUCCAUUUUACGCCCGAUACGUCCGAGUCGUCCCCUGGGAAUGGCAUGAGCGCAUCACUCUGCGUAUGGAGCUGCUGGGCUGUGACGACUGAAAACUCCUCAAUCUUCCACCUCACUGUUCUCCAUCCUCGCUCCACAUCUUCAGACCACAGCAGAGGAUGGUAAUCACACAGGACCAUCUGUUCUGACCUUUAUUUGUUUCUCUGGAUAAAGAUCCUGGGACUGUUAACACUUUUAAGCACUUUCUAAAUACUGACUUUUUAUGUUUAUAGAGUCGAUUGAAGGACCUAAUCUUUAAA